AACAGUGAGUAGGGGCUCAGUUUGGAAUCACCACAUUCAGCACUCAUAUCUUUAGUUUUCAUUUUUCUGUCGACUGGAUUUGUAAACAAAUAGCACCAAAACAGUUCCUCUUUUGUUGUUAUUAAAGUGAUACUGCAGUGCAGUUUCAAUCUAUCAGCUAGGCAUACUUGUGUGGAAAUUCGAUAUUCUUAUCAAAUUAGCUAAUUUUUAGCUGUGUUCCAUGCUUAUCUCUAGACCUUUGUGUAUUAGAUUCUAUCUUGAGAUUUUCUCUUUAUACACAAGUGUGUUUUGCUUGUGCCUUCCUGUCUUCUUCAGAGAGAAGCGUUAUGUAGGUCAGGCUUGGUUUAAGCAGAUUUCCUGAACCUGCGUCAGCUUAAGCUGGAGGAAUUUUAAUAAACCCUCCCCUGUAGGCGUGGGCCUAAAUGAGGCUAGCCUAGUUAAGCCUGAUCUUUCUCUGUUUGUGAAAAGAGCUGAGCAGAGCUGAAGGCUGCAUGGUGGUUUCAGAAACUGCCUACUUAAUUUGAAAAGAACAAUGGUAGGAAAGGCUAGAUCUUCCAAUUUUACCUUAUCUGAAAAGCUUGAUUUGCUAAAGCUUGUGAAGCCAUAUGUGAAAAUUCUCGAAGAACACACUAAUAAACAUUCAGUAAUAGUGGAAAAGAAUAGAUGUUGGGAUAUCAUAGCAGUUAAUUAUAAUGCAAUUGGAGUAGACCGCCCUCCUCGAACAGCGCAGGGCCUACGCACCCUUUACAAAAGGCUCAAAGAAUAUGCCAAACAAGAGCUAUUGCAGCAAAAAGAGACCCAGUCAGAUUUAAAAAGCAAUAUUUCUGAGCCAACCAAGAAAGUUAUGGAGAUGAUUCCCCAGAUUUCCAGUUUUUGCCUGGUAAGAGACAGGAACCACAUACAAAGUGCAAACUUGGAUGAGGAAGCACAGGCUGGUGCCAGUUCACUACAGGUAAUGUUGGAUCACCAUCCAGUUGCUAUUACAGUAGAGGUGAAGCAAGAAGAAGACAUUAAGCCCCCUGCUCCACUGGUUUUAAGUUCUCAACAGAGUUAUACUUUAGAGCAAAGAGAAGAACAUGAAUUAGUACAUGUUAUGGAAAGAUCUGUGUCGCCAUCACUUUCCUCUGUUGAUAUGCGAAUGACAUCGUCUCCAUCUUCUAUUCCAAGGAGAGAUGAUUUUUUUCAUUAUGAGAGUGAAGGACACUUUAGGUCACGAUUAGGGUAUGAUCCUCAGAUUCUGCAAAUGCUGAAAGAGGAACAUCAAAUAAUUUUAGAAAAUCAAAAAAAUUUUGGAUUAUAUGUUCAGGAGAAGAGGGAUGGAUUGAAAAGAAGGCAGAAGCUAGAAGAAGAGCUGCUAAGAGCAAAAAUUGAAGUGGAGAAACUGAAAGCAGUUCGCUUACGGCAUGAUCUGCCUGAAAGUAACAGUCUCUAAGAUUUUUUUUCAAUCUUGCAAUUUGGUAAUUUUAAUUUUGGCCAAAUUACUUUCAUUUGAGAAUAUCCUAAAGUGGAAUACAUAUUCUUAAAACUUGUUAAUCUCUAUUAUGAAAAAAGUCUUUCUUGACAUUAUUUUCUAAUUUUUAAAUUUUCUUUUGUGAUACAUUAAAACUUAUUGAUUGGCUGGCAUGGUUAUAUUUUUUUGGUCUUCCCUUAAUUUUUUUCUAAGAAGUUUAAUUAUAGGCCUUACAAAAGAUGAUUUAUUUUGAUUAUUAAAAUAUAACAUACAUAAAUAUAUAUACAAACAUAUAUAUUGUUUCAAAGCUCUGAGUCUUUAACAUUCUAAAUUAGAGCUUUGAAAGCUGUAGUUCAAGGUUUUUAAGUCAGUCUAAUUUAGGAGGGAUACUACUAAGAGAAGCUUGUCUCUAUGACAUUGAUUUUUAUGCUUUCAUUUUUUGAAGGAGUAAGUCCUAAAAUUUUAGAGAUGGAAGGUAUUUGGAGAUCAUUUUUUUCCCACCUCUUCAAUUUAGAAGGUAAUGAUACUGAUGUCCAGAGAGAACUCAAUGGCUUACUUGAUGUAACAAAGCUAUUUAUGGCAGAACAAGGACCAGCACUGAGUUUUUGUUUCUCUGUUAUUUUUCCCUCAGCUAUUCUGUACAAGUAAAAAAUCCACUAAAGUCUUCCAUAUUAAAAAAUUGGCAGUAUUUACUUUAUUAAAAUUGUUUUUAAAGAUUGGGAGGUUAUGAAAUCAGGGGAAUUGUAUCAGUUACCCUCAUCCUCCCACUCUUUUUUUGUCCAGCAAAAUAAGAUACUCAUUUUGGAGCUAUUACCGUAUUUUGCCAUGUAUAAUGCACACUUUUUUUUGCCCAAGUUUGUGAGGGAAAAUAAGGAUGUGCAUU